UCCUCAUGUCUCUCUUCCUUUGAGGUUCUUCAUCUCAGGUCAUCACAGCCAAUGGACAGAGCACCUACAUUGUUGGGGCCCCUCUAUGCCAAGGCACCGGCAAAGUCGUCCUGUUCAGCCGAGAUACCAAGGGUGGGGAAUGGACACCUGGACCAGAGCUGUUGGGAGAUCAGAUUGGCUUGUAUUAUGGGGGUACACUGUGCACUGUGGACCUGGACAGAGAUGGGAACACAGACCUGAUUCUAAUCGGAGCCCCAAUGUACUAUACAACUCUGAAUGGAGGACGGGUCUAUAUCUGCCAGAUUAACUUGCCGGGGAUGACGAUGGUCUGCAACAAGACACUACAUGGGCAGACGGGGGAAGUGUCUGGGCGCUUUGGGGCCAGCAUGUCUGAAAUCGGGGACAUCAGCGGGGACGGACAGACGGACGUGGCCAUCGGGGCUCCCAUGGAGAAUGACAAUCAUGGGGCCUUGUACAUCUUCCAUGGGGAAAAGGGAGGCCUCAGUCCCCAGUACAGACAGCGCAUAGUGGGGUCACAGUUUCCCAGCAGGCUGCACUACUUUGGCCAGGCUGUCAGUGGCGGGACAGAUCUGACGGGGGAUGGGCUGCCGGACAUCGCGGUGGGGGCACAAGGGCAGGUCCUGCUGCUGAGGUCCCGGCCGGUGCUCAGAGUCGGGGUCUCCAUCAGCUUCCAGCCUCCAACCAUCCCAACCUCGGCCUUCGACUGCCAGGGGCAGGAGCAGCUCAACACGGAGGCCAGCAGGGCAGAGGUCUGCUUCACCGUCACUAAGAGCACCAAGGACAGCUUAGGUGACAGGAUCUCCAGCAUCAUCCAGUACAGCCUGGCCCUGGACCCUGGGCGGACGAAGAUCCGAGUCACCUUCGACUCCACCGGCCCCGUCCUGAGCAGGGAGCUGCAGCUCGGCAUUGAGAAGAAAUGUGAGACGUACCGGAUAAUGUUGCCUCUCUGUCCCGAAGACAUUCUGACCCCCAUCACCCUGCGCCUUAGCUACACCCUGACGGGGGAGCCCAUCGCUGCCGCCGGCCGCCUCAGACCCAUCCUGAGCGAGGACUCUGUGCCGGUGUCUGCAGGCUCGCUCCCGUUUCAGAAGGACUGCGGCACGGAUGGCCGCUGCGAUGACCAGUUAGCAGUCUCCUUCAAUUUCUCUGGCUUGAGCACCCUGGUGGUGGGGAUCACCCCUGAACUCAACACCACCGUCUCCAUCCAGAACCACGGGGAGAAUUCCUACAGCACCACGGUGCAGUUCUUCUACCCGGCCGCGCUGUCCUACCGCCGGGUGCUGCUGCUCCAGUCUAACAGGAGGGCCAUGGCCAUUAAGUGCAGCUCGGCGGAGGGCUCGGAGGAGCUAUCUCAAAGGAACAGCAUCUGCCACAUCAACCACCCCAUCUUCUGGAGCGGGGCCGAGGCCGUUUUCGUCGCCACCUUCGACGUCUCCUCUGAGGCCGACCUGGGUGACAGCCUGCAGAUCACGGCCAAGGCCAGCAGUGACAAUGGCGGCCCCAUCACCAAGCGCAUGAUGCACCGGGCGGAGCUGCCGGUCAAGUACGGCAUCUUCAUCAUCCUCACCAGCCUUAAGGAGUCGACCAAGUACAUUAAAUUCUCCUCCAAGGAGGCAGGGACAAGUGUGCCAGUGACACAUCGGUACAAGGUCAAGAACCUGCGGCAGCGAAGCGUCCCCAUCUCGGUCACGUUCCAGUUCCCCGUGGAGCUGAGCGGGGUCCGGGUGUGGGACGCCUCUGAGGUCGUCCCCUCCAAGCCCCACCUGGCUCAGUGCACCAGUGAGGCUGACAUGCCGGGUUCGAAGGACUUUGUGAAGCAGAUGAGCAAGCGCCCCCUGCUGGACUGCUCCGUGGCCACCUGUAAGAAGAUCCGGUGCAGAAUUGCCUCCCUGGAAAUGCAGCAGCCACUGGAGUUCGUGAUCAAAGGGAACGUCAGCUUCCAGUGGGUCUCCCAGACUCAGCUGCAGAAAGUGAGUCUGGUGAGCAAGGCCCGGAUUGAAUACGAGAAGAAGAAAUACACCCAGAAGGAGGGAAUCGUCCAGCGCCAGGUGCAGACGGUGGUGGAGCGCUCCAAGGUCUAUAACUACCUGCCUAUCAGUGUGGGCAGCAGCGUGGGAGCCUGAUCCUGCUGGCUCUCAUCACCGCAGCCCUCUACAAGGUUGGCAACCAGGUGUGGUCUCAAAAAAGGAAUGUCCCUGCCUGGAUUUGCAUUUAAUCUGAAAACCGUCAUCAAGAAGGAAGGGAAACAAAGGAAGCUCAAUCGUGUGAGGAAAAGCCAGCUGUGAACAUCCUUCCACAUAAACUCUGUGUGUCCUAGUGCCCAGCUUGAAAUGUUUUUCAACAGUGGGACUGAAACUAUAAAAAGGAGGGACAACCCCUCCUUCCUUGCCCAUGGCAUUCACUGCACCUGAAGAGAAAAAGGAAGUAUUCACUGGAUGCUGAGGAAGAGGGCCUGACGUACACAGUUUGAUCUGGAAGGCAGCUGAAAGCAUGUGGUGAGCAACUUUGCUUGAAUAGGCUAUAGUUUAAGUUAGGCACUAGUAAAUGUUUCAUCUUUAUUUUCU